GCUCAAACUAAAAAAUGCACUGUGUAUAUACUGUAUUAAUUAGACCUAGAUAUCCUGUAGCUAGCUAGAGACUUGCAAUGGACAAGAAUAAAGGCAAUGAACAGACUCCUCUCAUCUCAACCGAGACCACCUCCAUUCAGACACUUAAUACAAAGUCAAAGGAGCAAAUAAAAUGGCCCAAACCAGUGGCUCUGUUGUUGAAGUUUCGACACAAGUUCAUAUUGGCUGCUGAGCCUGUGUUGUUACUGUUCACAUUUGGUAUGCUACUACAGAACUCUAUCUAUCAGCAAUACUUCUACAAUAGCUACGGUCGACAGUUGUUCAGGGAGGAGCUUAAUUGGACUGGAGAGUUCAACUUUUGCAUGAAUGCCGAUGUGUUAGAUUCUUUCCUAGGAAACGAUACUCAACUGAUUGUCACACAGAAGUCUAGCUACCUGAGUGUGAUCAAUGGUGUUGCCGGGCAACUCCCGGGAAUUAUCGCCACAAUUUUGUACGGCCCAUUAUCGGAUAGGAUCGGUCGGAAACCACUCAUGAUUGUCAUUGGGAUUGCUGGCAUCGCUAAUUCAGCACUGACAAUUCUACUGAUGUAUGCUGAUUGGCCGAUGGAGAUACUGCCAGGCAUUAACGCUAUUAAUGGCCUCGUGGGCGGGUUCCCUGGCAUGCUCACUGUGGUGUUUGCUUAUACUGCUGAUGUGACCUCUACGCGAUGGCUGACUCUGCGACUAGGAGUUAUGGAGUCCAUGAUCUUCGUUGGUGGAGCGCUUGCAUUACUACUCAAUGGGCAAUGGCUGAAUGCUACUCACUGCAUGUUUCCAGGGCCAGAGUAUCUCUACCUCGGCUCCAGCAUUCUCAUGAUUAUAUAUGUCGUUGCUUGGUUACCAGAGUCACUCACAUCCAAUCAACGAAGAGAGAGAAGACAAAAUGCUUCAAUGUUGAAGAUGUCCAUUCGUGGACUAAAACUAUUCUUCAGUAAAGAGUACUCUGCUUGGAAGUUAUGGCUGGGUGUUGGAGCAAUGUUCAUCGGCUAUUUUCAGGCAGUUGGAAAUACUGACAUCAGCACCUUGUUUCUGCUAAGCCCUCCGCUAAGUUGGAACCCUAAUCUGAUUGGCUUGUAUCAAGCCAUGGCUCUAGGGGCAUUUGGACUAGCCCUGUUCUCCCUCCUGCCUUUACUCGUGGUGUUGAAGGUUCCUGAUCCUGUCAUCAUGUUGUUUGGCUUUGCUUGGGCCGCUGGGGCCAAUGUGGGGAUUGCCUUCGUGCAGGUCACCUGGCAAAUGUUCCUAGUUGGAGGAUUGGGUGGAGUUGGUGCUCUUGGUUUCCCAGCUAUUCGCAGCAUCAUGUCCAAAACUGUGAACCCUGAAGACCAAGGGGCAUUGUUCUCAGUAGUGGCCACUGCUCAAGUGCUCUCCUCCGUGUGUGCCACCAUUCUGUUCUUCUUUCUACUGCCCUAUAUUACAAUCAACCUUGGGUGGCCGGCUGGCAACAUCUUCUUCUUUGUUGCCGCCCUCUGUGCUAUGACUUGGCCCUUUGGAAUUGUGUUCCUGGUUGUGUCACGGUGUAGCCGCUCCUCGGGACCAGGUCUAGAGAAACAGGUUAAACAGGUUAUUGAACCACUCGUGUCCACUACUGAAGUGUCUGCUCCUCUAACCAGCAAUGCCCUCUAUCAUGGCAACACACCAGAAGCAUCUGUUAUCAACUAGCAUGCAUUGAGUGUUUGUUCAAUCACUGUUUUUAUAUUUAUUUUCAUAAUGUGGAAAUCAAUAAUAUCGUAUGUCGAGCAAUAAUAAUUAUUGAAAGUUGA